AUGGACUAUUCCAACCUUAGAAAGACUCUGCAUACACCAGGAUGGUCAGAUGCUCAGGAGAGGACCAUUCUCGAACCCUACACCUACAUCUCUGCGAACCCGGGUAAAGAGUUCAGGGGAAAGUUGAUAGACGCUUUCAAUGUAUGGCUGAAAGUCCCAGAAGAGGAUUUAAAGGUCGUCACGAGGAUAGUGAGGAUGUUGCAUAAUGCUAGUUUACUGAUGGACGACGUAGAGGAUAACUCGGAACUUCGACGUGGGCUACCAGUUGCCCAUACCAUCUACGGUAUACCGCAGACCAUCAAUACGGCGAAUUACGUCUAUUUCUUGGCUAUGGAGGAGCUGUUGUCGUUGAGAGACACCAGCUCAAAGGGGAAGAAGAAGGACGUGGACGUGGUGGGAUUAGUGACAGACGAACUGCUUCAUCUUCAUCGCGGUCAGGGCUUGGAUCUGUUUUGGAGGGAUACUCUGACUUGUCCGACUGAGAAAGAGUACGUGGAUAUGGUGUUAGGAAAAGCAGGCGGAUUGCUCAGGCUAGCAGUGAAGUUGAUGAUGGCCAAAUCAGAGUCUGAAGUUGACUAUGUACCACUUGUCAACUUGAUAUCUGUUUGGUUCCAGAUCAGAGACGAUUACAUGAAUCUCCAAUCGACAGAGUACGAAGCCAAUAAAGGCUACUGUGAAGAUCUGACUGAAGGCAAAUUCAGUUUUCCCGUGGUUCAUGGUGUACGAGCAGAUGACUCCAAUCGACAGAUCUUGAAUGUCUUACAGAAGAAGACGACCUCGGUAUCUUUAAAGAAGCACGUGGUUGAUUAUCUUCGAGACGAAACGAAGUCUUUCGAUUAUACGAGAAAGAUCAUCAUAGAUCUGCAGAAUCAGAUUCAAGAUGAGAUAAGGGAUCUAGGUGGUAAUAAGUAUUUGGAGAUGGCUAUCAAGUCGUUGGCGUUGAAGGAGGAUGAAUGA